UUCAGUCUUGCACAGGUGUACCUGCUCCUCCCCUUUAGUCUCGCACAGGUGUACCGGCUCCUCCCCUUCAGUCUUGCACAGGUGUAUUGGCUCCUCCCCUUCAGUCUUGCACAGGUGUACUGGCACCUCCCCUUCAGUCUUGCACAGGUGUACCGGCUCCUCCCUCUUCAGUCUUGCACAGGUGUACCGGCUCCUCCCCUUCAGUCUUGCACAGGUGUACCUUGCACAGGCUCCUCACCUUUAGUCUUGCACAGGUGUACCGGCUCCUCCCCUUCAGUCUCGCACAGGUGUACCGCUCCUCCCCUUCAGUCUUGCACAGGUGAACAGGCUCCUCCCCUUCAGUCUUGCACAGGUGAACAAGCUCCUCCCCUUCAGUCUUGCACAGGUGAACAGGCUCCUCCCCUUCAGUCUUGCACAGGUGUACCGACUCCACCCCUUCAGUCUUGCACAGGUGUACUGGCUCCUCCCCUUCAGUCUUGCACAGGUGUACUGGCUCCUCCCCUCAGUCUCGCACAGAUGUACCGGAUCCACCCCUUCAGUCUUGCACAGGUGUACCGGCUCCUCCCCUUCAGUCUUGCACAGGUGUCCCGGCUCCUCCCCUUCAGUCUUGCACAGGUGUCCCGGCUCCUCCCCUUCAGUCUUGCACAGGUGUCCCGGCUCCUCCCCUUCAGUCUUGCACAGGUGUACCUGCUCCUCCCC